AUGCGGGAGAAUGUGACAAAGCUCACAUCCGAGCUAGAAGCCGCCAAGGAGAGAGAAAAGAUUAGAGAUGCUCAGUACAUUGGCAUGCAAGAGCAGAUCAAAUCUCUCCUAGCUUCUGGCAGUUUUCCGAUUCCCCAGUCUCGUGACUCAUCGCCAGAGGCUCGCCUUCCCCAUGCUCAUUCCUCCCGUCCUCCCUAUGAUUGUUCUUCCCAUCCUAGACAAGUACACCCUUCUGGAUACUGUCUUGGUGAAAGUUCAUCAGACGAUGAUGAUAAUGAUCGAACAACGGCAAUCAAGAAUACAGUAGCAGGAUUUCCAAGGCCAUUGCUAAAUCAAAGCAGAGAAGCAUUUGCUACAGUUAUGAACGAUGCAUUUGGACAUCAAUUAGAACCACCUUUUAAUCCUUACGCUAAUGACAUUAAUUAUCUCCUUGCUUCGUAUGUUAUCCCUUAUCUUGGACUUACUGGAUAUGUUGGAGCCAAUCCUAAACUCCACAGCCCUACUGUCAAAAGGCUACUAGUCGGGCUACUUGGAGUAGAAUCAGGUCAAGAUGCAGUUCUGAGAGCAUUACUUUAUGAGCAUGGAAGAGAGAACGUGGAACCCUACGGGAUAACGGCAAUAGAGUUUACAAACAGUAUAUCAGAGCUGAGAAACAAGCUAGGACGCCAUGGAUUGAAAAAUGAAGGACUCAAAGUGAAACCAACAGUAGGUGCUGAAGGGAAGAUACGAGAAAAUAUAUUAGCAGGAGAUAAAUACUCGCUUUCCUAUGAUAGAACGCCAGAGGAGAUACUGCGAAUAGUAUACGGAAGUGGAAAUGAGAAUAAACCAGGAGGAUUUUACCCAAAAGGAGCAGAUGGCCAAAUUGCAAAAUCCUAUCUUGGAGUGGGAGGGAAUUAAACGU